UUAGGGAAGUGCUUGGUAAACCAUAAGGCUUUACUUUAUUUUUGUCUUCUACAGUUUGCUCCUUUUUAUUGGCGGCCAUCUUUGAAGGCCUGAAGCAGAAACUUCUCUUCCCCAACUGACGACGACGACAACAACAGACCCUUUUCCAUUAUAACUCCUCUUCUGCCAUCAAUAUACACCUGGGGUUUAUCUACAGAUACAAAAGAUGUGUGCUUUUUUCCUCAGAAAUGGUUCUAAAACCCACCAUUCAUUGCAACAUCUAUGGAAAAGAAGUCCCUCCGUUGAAUCUUGGAAUAUCAAGAACCAUAUUGUUCAUCACCAACUUCAACAUUCUAAAGUUUAUUCACGAUUACCUCAUUCUUUUUACAGGAAAACUAAGGAAUUAGAGUUGUCAAAUCCCAGUUUUCUUGCUUUCUUUUCAGGGGUUUCGUCUUCUGCUUCAAAAUUUGGGUUAGUGGGUUGGUACUUAGAGAAACUCAACUCUCGACCCAUUAUCACCAAGAGCAUCACUUGCGGCCUUAUUCUUACUGCUGCUGAUUUUUCCUCGCAGAUGAUUGCUGGGUCAUUGUUGGAGCAGUAUGAUCUCACACGAACAUUGAGGAUGGCUGGUUAUGGAGCGCUAAUUGUUGGACCUUCACUGCAUUUCUGGUUCAAUUUCCUGUCGAGGUGCUUUCCAAAACGUGAUGUCAUUACAACAUUUAAAAAAAUAGCUUUGGGACAAACAGUUUAUGGCCCUGCAAUUAACUCUGUUUUCUUCUCCAUGAAUGCUGUAGCACAAGGUGAAAGUAGUUCAGAGAUUGUUGCCCGACUCAAGCGCGACUUGGUUCCCACCAUUGUCAGCGGUCUUAUGUACUGGCCAAUAUGUGAUUUCAUUACAUUCAAGUUUGUUCCUGUUCAUUUACAGCCUCUUGUGAGCAAUACAUUUUCAUAUGUAUGGAAUGUAUACCUGACUUAUGUGGCAAGCCAACAGAAAGUCUCAAUGGCAUGAUCUAUGACAGCCUCUUGUGAGCAAUACAUUUUCAUAUGUAUGGAAUGUAUACCUGACUUAUGUGGCAAGCCAACAGAAAGUCUCAAUGGCAUGAUCUAUACCAAGCACGUAUAAUGUCUUCUCUGCUAACAAUUCAUAUAUUCUUCUUGCUAACAAUCUGGCUGGAGGCAUGACUUUGGAGUCAUUUUCAUCGCUGUAACAUGUUAGUGUGGUGGAGCAGAACUUCUGCAGAAUCACAGAGACCAUUGAAUGUGUUAACUGAGAGUUGCUCGGACCAUCACUGUUCUUUUUGUAUAUCCUAGUUCUAGUUACAGAAAUCGCGUAUUACACUGUCAGCUUACAUAAAAGAGCAAUAUCCUACUAUUUAGGGCAGACGGUUCUAAUUUUGAAGGUUUUGCAAUUGUAUCCUCCUUCUCAACUCAUUAAACUCGGUUUAUUCUUAACGUUGAAGUGAGUGAAGUUUUCAUUCUCUCUUCUGUUUAUUGUUUUAAAAAAUUGUCAAAUCUUUAACUA